UCUAAAAUGGUUUAUGGAACACCUUUUGAGCAGUUGGAGGAUGAAGCAAAAUCAGCUGUUUCAAAGAAACCAAAAGGCAUUCAAGAUGAAAUUGUGACAGACGAACGUGGUCGACGUCGCUUUCAUGGAGCUUUUACUGGAGGCUUUUCUGCUGGAUAUUUUAAUACUGCUGGGUCCAAACAUGAACUGAACGUGGCGAACGACUUGAACAAAUGGCAGAGGAUUUUAUGGAUGAAGAAGAUUUUGGCGAAUUUGGAAUUGCUUCGCGAAAGUACAACAACCUUUGCUCACUUGGUUGCUACAACUGUACUUUCUCGUGAGGACGAAAUUAGAAAGGGAGUCUCUAAAAGGAAGGGACGUGGCUUUGAAGGAUCUCAAAAGAGUAAUGUGAAGGAAUAUGAAACGCUUGGUGAUGAUGGUUUUUAUGGGCCGCAGCGUUCUGUUGAGGGUUGGAUAAUUUUUGUUACAAAUGUCCAUGAAGAAGCGCAGGAGGAAGAUGUGAAUGGCUAUGACUUUCUUGGUCAAGAAUUAUCAGCCGAUUGGUGCUUUGUUAAGGGAGGUCGUUGGGUGCCACAAACAUUUAAAUCUACUAGAACUGAACGUGGCGAACGACUUGAACAAAUGGCAGAGGAUUUUAUGGAUGAAGAAGAUUUUGGCGAAUUUGGAAUUGCUUCGCGAAAAUUUCGAACAAAAUCUGAUUUUAUGGACACAUUGGCUGCACCCGGCGAAGAGCGUUUAUUCGCAUGGGAAAGAGCUGGAACGUCGACUAGUAAUUUUGUUGGGAAUGAAGGAAGUCUGGCAAAUAAAUUAAAUUCUUUACUUCGACCUGUGAAUGAUUCAAUAGGAAUACGUAUUCUUCGCAAAAUGGGUUGGCGACCAGGAAAAGGAGUUGGUGCAAAAAUGACUCGCCGCGCAUUAGAGAGACAGAAAUUAAUUGAUGCAAAAAAUUCUGGGAAAGAGGCUGAAUUUGAUGAAGAAACUGUUCGAGAUAUUGAAGAAAUAAUUCCAACAGCAGAAUUUUCUCCAGAUGAUAUUAAACCCGUGGAAAUUUGUCAAAAAGAAGAUGUUCAUGGAAUGGGUUAUAAACCUUUACAGGAAAUUGGUGUUCUUUCAGAGAAAUAUGGAAGAGUAACUGCUUCAUUGAAGAAAACUAAAUGUAGUGGAAAAGGAAUUAGAGGGCAGGCAUUUGGUGUUGGUGCAUUUGAAGAGGAUGAUGAAGAUAUUUAUACUAAUUAUGAUUUGACACAAUACGAUUUUGAAGUUGGUUCUACUCAAUCAACACAACUUAAUGUGCCUAAAUUUGAUUCAACUUUCAUUCCAUCAUCUAGCACUAUGCAAGGCAAAAAUUCGUUAAAAUCUCAGAAAUUUUUUGUUGCUGAUACACCUCCUCCUGGCUGGCGGCCAAGUACAAACAGAACAAAAUCAUUACUUUUUUCUGGAAGAAAGGAAAUUUCUAAAAAAUUACCUGAAGCUAUUGCAAAAAUUGGCAAUCAAUUAACUCCCUUCCAAAGGGCUAAACUUCUUGGGGAGCGUGAUCAUUCAGUGAUGGAAAUGUUAAGUAAUGAACAGAGAGCUAAAUUAAAAAUAAAUAAUUUUGUUAUUUCUGAUGGGUCUAAAAAUGAUAAUAGAGAACAUCAUUCAAAACAUAUUCAUGAUCGUCACAGAAUGCAUCAUGGUUUAACAGCACAGCCAUUUGAAGAGGAGCCAUUAAAGGCUCAUAGAUUUCGUCAAUAUGUUAGCUAUCUUAAAAGAGGUAUUCCAUUUAUUCAACCUCCAGAAAUGACACUUUUACAAUGGGAAAGUGAAAAAGCAGACUUUGAAGAAGCACUCCCAUCUGAGUUACGUGUUCUUCUUAAAGAUGUUCAAGAAAGACAAAAGCCCUUAGCCAGACUGGAUUUUGCUCGCCCAAUAGCUGAACAUUUAAAAAAUCGCUUUGCGCGUGAAUCUGGCGUAGAUAAAGAGGACUACGAGGAACAAAUAAAACAUGAAUCCUUCAUAAAGUCUAAUCCACAACUAAAAGCUGUUGGUUCUAAUCAGUUUGGGGCUGCUACCCGUCAACUUCACGAAUGGCAUCCUGCUCCAGACCUAUGCAAACGUUUCAAUAUCUCUAAUCCAUACCCAGAUUCUCAAAUACUUGGUGUUCCUGGAUUGAGUGGACAACGUUAUGGAGGCCAAAAGGAUUAUUCUUCUGAAUAUUCUUUAAUUGAAUUAGCUGGAAAUUUGGGAGGGAAAAGUUCGACAGAUGGGCAACAUAGAAGGCAUCCUUCUCGAUUUGAUCAAACAUCCGGAAAUGAACAACAACACCCGUCUAUACCAUUAAUAAAAAAUGAAGUGAAGGAAACAACUGAAGAAAAGAUAAAUUCUCAAAAGAAAAUUGAGUAUGCUCCGAUAGUUUUAUUAUCGGCUAUUUUUGGAGAUGACGAUAUUGAAGAUGACGAAACUCAAAAAGAAGACGAAGAAGAUGAAGAGGCACUUAUUCAUUUACCAAAGAAAAAACCAGAAAAAGAAAUUAAAAAAGAAGAUGAACAAAAACAAGAAAGGCCAAUUAUUUCAAAAGAAAGUAUUAUUACAAUUUUGGAUAUUGUAGAGGAUGAUAAUGUUUAUGGACCAGCAAUGCCUCCAACUGAAUUUUUGGAAGAAAAAUGCAAUCAAGAGAACAACUUUCAAUUAGAAAUAAAAAAUGGUUUUUCUGUUAAUGAUAUUAUAACAAUUGAAAGUGGAAUUGAUGAUAAUAGUGACGAUAGUGAUGAUGAUAGUUCUGAUUCGGAAGAAGAAGAGAGAAGGAGACGUAAGAAAGAGAAGAAGAGGAAGAAGAAAAUGAAGAAGAAAGAAAAGAAACUUGAAAGAAAGAAGAAACGUCUUGAGAAAAAGAAACAUUAG